GAAAAUCACUUAAUAAGCGGAAUAUUCAUAAAAUACCUUGUGAAGAACUUUUUUUUUAUUUGGGUUAGUUAAUCUGUAAACUUGUUAAUGAAAAGUAGUGUCUGUGUGUCAAAUUUAUAUUUGUGCCCUGUCUUAUAUUUAGAGAAAUAUACAAGAUAUGGCGGAUCCAGAUUUGGAAACUUUUCUAGAAAGGAUGAAUAGCGGGAUCAGCAGUAAACAGUUGAUUGCAAUAGAGAAACUCUGCAUUUCUCUACUAACCGUUAACAAGGAACAAUGUUUCGAAAGUUACCCUCCGGGAAUAUGUAUACCAGCUUUGUGUAGGAUAUUUCUGGAUAAACAGACAUCUGAACAUAUUCUUGAAGUAGUAGCCAGUGCAAUAUCUUACUAUGUGAACUUAUCGGACGAAUGUAUCAAAGAAAUAAUGACAAUUAAUGGAGCAAUCAAAGCUAUCUGCAACCGUUUGGUUAACGAAGAACUCGUCGGUACGACCAGUAAAAAUCUUGCAGGGCAAUGCGUUAAAUUUUUAGAAUUAAUUUGUAUAAAAGAUGCAGAGGUAGUCUUAAACGCGGGAGGACUGAGUUUUAUCUUAUUAUUUAUGAGAGACCAAGGGAACCUAGUGCAAAAGGAUACCUUAAUUUCUGUCAUGGCUAUCAUCUCUCAUCUGUGCACAAAAAUGGAACAGACCGAUGUACAACUACUAGAUUGUGUUAAGGUUCUAAGUCCCCUUUUAGAACAUGAAGAUUAUCAUGUGGCAGACGAGGCUUUAAGAUGUUUUGUUCUGAUUGAAGAGAAAUUUACUAAAACGGAUGUCAGAUCUAUCCAAUUAAAUAAGUAUGGUGAAGAAUUACUACAUUGGGCUCUAAACCUGGAGUGGAACUGGAAGAAUAUGUUGAAUGAUACAGAGCACAAAGAUGAUACAAAAGAGAGGACUGAUUUGCGGCGUUUCAUUAACAUUCUAAUCGUGAUGACUGCCGAAGAAUGCCAACAUUUUCUCCAAUUCAUAACCAGUUACAGGUCAUCGCUACCAGGAGACUUAAGGAACUUGGACUCCCUCUUAUGUAUUGUAAGGAAAGUGGAUGCGGACCGAUCACAUUUUAAUCCUGAUUCAAUUAAUACUGAUACAAAUACUUCUCGAAGAGGUUUUAUUAAUGACACCUCUACACAACAGGUUAGCUCUUCUCACAGUUCGCAAAAUACAAACCAACAAUUUUAUAAAUCAAAAGUGAAAUCAUCGAUAGAAAAUAAAAAGAUCCACAUCGCAAGAACAAAAUUCGAAAAAUUGUUUAAUCAAAUACCAGAGGCAAUAUCGGAGGGUAAUGUCGAUACUUUAAAAAAAUUUAAUUAUUAUAUAAGUAAUACAGAAAAAGAAGUGACUUAUACUAAUUUAACCAACUCUGAUGUUAAUAUUACCAAUUUACUUAUCUUAGCUUGUAAACAUAAUCGUGUGAAUACUUUAGAAUACCUAUUUGACAGCAAUUUAGUAGAAACCUUGUCUGAUAUUACAGGGAUGGCUGUAUUGCCAGAUGAUCAUGAUGAAACAUGUCAUAAUGCGUUUUAUUAUGCCAUACGUUCAAACAAUCUUAAGCUUCUUGAUACACUUAUUGAUAAAUGGCCAGGAAACUAUUUUGCUAACCAUUUAAAUGAAUUAGAUGAAAUUCUUUCAGGCGCUUAUGACGAAUUGAAAAUAAAAAACGUUUCAUUAAUAGAAGACAUGGAAAUUUUCGUUCAAGAUAAGUUAAUAAACCUUCGUUUUUUUUCUGAUGCUUCAACAGAAGGUCAGAAUGUUACUAAAAGUUCUUUAAAUAAUAUUAAGGACCGAAUUGAGUUAGUACUUCAAAAUAUAAAUUCCCUUAAGACAAAACACCUGAAAAGUAUAGAAAAGUUUUUGUUUAUAGUAAAAUUUAUUGCUCAAAAUAUUCACAUAUUAAAACGGCAGUUAAAGUCAACCUAUGAUAGGAUACCCUGGGAAGAAAUGGAGUUUUGUUUGAUUGGAUUUGUUUCUUCUUAUAAAAAACAACAAGAAAUUAAUCUAUUCUAUAAUGCCACAUUGAAUAAAAAUAGAAUAAUAAGUCACUUAGAAAAUUUUGCAAUAUUGCUUCAAAAAGCAAAAGAUCGAAUAGACGCUUCAAGCAACGAUAAAAUUCAAGUAAGAAAAUUGGCUGAGCUUCCAAAACUAAAACGUGAUAAAGUUGUUGCAUAUAUCAUUAGCACUUAUCCUCAAUUGGAAGAAUUAUAUAAAGAUUAUCAACAGAUUAGAGAUAUCCAUUCUUUAGAGAAAAUAAGGGAUUAUAUAAAACUGGCAUUAUUAAUUAAUCCUAAACAAUCAGAAGACCAAUUAAUUUUUACAAGAGUAUUGCAGAUGAUUGGGGAAUAUUUAAAAAACACUCUAGAGUCCCCUAAAUUAUCUUCCACUAUAAGCGAGCUUCUUCUGCUAUCGCUACCAAGGAAUACAAGACAAGUCAUUAUAGAUUUACGUAAUGCAUUGUCACACGCUUACUCUCUCUCCAGUAGAAUACAGUUUGAGAAAAAUACGGAUGAUAAGUUUUUUACUGGCAUUCAAAAUGAUAUUGAAAAAAUUGAUAGUGCAAUUACUGAAAUACUUUAUAACAACAAAAUAAAAAUAAUCAUAACAUUGCUAAAAAAAAUAUCCAAUAGUCAAAAUUUAGAAGAUGUAAAAGAAUUAAGUCGUAUAUUUAGUAGUAUUAAUUAUUAUUCACUUGAUAAAUCACUCGAGAGUUUUAAAAUCGAAGAUCAUAAUAAGAUAAAAUUGCUUAUCGAAAAAUUGAAUAAUGUAAUAAAAGAUAAAACGAAUUAUGAAAAGGAGCUGUUUAAUAAAAUAAAUUAUAUAAUUAGUGUUAAUGAAACUAAAUCAGCAAAUAUAGAAUCUGAUUUUGUUGCAACAGUUUUACACUUAGGGGCCUUCGGUAACACUUUAAACGAUAUUGCGAUCAAUCCUAAUAUUAUUCGAGGAAUACAAUUUGGUGCAAGUAAACAGUUAGAAAUUAUAACUGCCCAAAUAGAAUAUCCUAAUCUUAAGGAUAUUAUCGAACUAAUAAUUAAAAUUUCUGAUAGUGCUAUUUCAAGAAUACAUGAUAAUAGCAUUGAUGAAUUAUAUAGAUUAAGAAGUCAGAUCUUUCGCAUUGCUGAACUUAAAACAGGUGAUCUUAAAUGGGUGGUAGAAUUAAGAGACAAAUUGAAAGUCAAGCGUUCAUUUAUACCUAAAGAAAAGCCGGCCUAUAAAAUAACAGGAAACUUAUAUGGUACCCACCUAAAAUUGAAGUUGUCCAAAUUGGAAAAUAUUUUAAGGAAUUACGUAUCAAGUGACGACCUAAUUAAAAACUAUUCGAAUUACAAAACAAAUAAAAAGCUACAAGCUUUAGUAGAAAUGCUUGUUCUGGAUAUAAUGUCACUUUUAGAAAGAUCAGAGAUGCAUUUAGAAAACAAUAUUCUCUUCUUAGAUGAAAACAGUCCUUUGUUAACUGGAAAAUGUUUGCGGAAUCAUUUGGCGCAUGAUAAUUUCUUCGUUGAAAUAUUGUUAUCUGAUCCUUCAAUAGCAAUUCUUUUGAAUGCUAAAAAACUUAUUUCUAAAAAUAUAAUAGAAAGUAAUAAGAAAAUUGGAAAAUUUAUAAUGGAUGAUCCAUCUAAGCUAAAUGCUAAAUACAAUCAGAGCCUCGUGUAUAUAAAUAAUCAAGAAAAAAUGUUUGCUGCAUUAGAAGAAGGAAUAAAUUUUGAAGACCUAAUGAAUUAUUUUAGAAAAGGGACAGACAUAAAUGCUAGGAGCAUUAACUUAUCGACCGCAUUACACUUUGCUGCUCGUGGUGGUAAUAUUGAAGUUAUUAAAUUUAUCAUUGAUCAAAAAAUAAGCGCGAAUGCUAAAGAUGUAAAUAGUCGGAGCCCUCUUCAUAUUGCUGCUGCAUAUGGAAGAGAAAAUAUAAUAGAUUUUUUUUUAGGUGAAACAGAUUUAUACGUUGAUGACUUAGAUUGUAAUAAUAAAACGCCUUUACAUAUUGCAGCUGAAAAUGGUCAAAAAGAAGCUGUAGAAAUUUUACUUAAGUAUAAUGCUAAUACUAAUACAACAGAUUUGGCUGGUUUUGCUCCUGUACAUCUUGCAGUAAAAAACAAUCAUAUUGAUGUUGUUAAAAUUCUUCUAAAAAAAGAAUCAGAUGUUGACAUUAACGAAGUUAUGGGUGGUUUUACAUCACUACAUUUAGCGGCAGAAAAUGGACAUUUAGAAAUAGUUAACUUCUUAUUGAAAAACGGGGCAAAUGUUAACGCAAAGACCGAUAGAGGAGGAACGCCAUUGCAUCUUGCAGCACUAAAUGGUCACCUAGAAGUUGUUAAAGCAUUAAUUUUCAGAAGUGCCAAUAUCAACUCCAGAGUAUUAGAUGGUUGUACACCAUUACACUAUGCAAUUGAAACUGGACGUGAAGAAAUAGCUAAUAUUUUAUUAGAGUAUGGGGCUGAUGUUAGUGUUGCUGACAAAACUUAUAAUAACACACCUUUGCAUUAUGCAGCAAAAGAUGGUCACGAGAAUAUCGUUAAUGCGUUAUUAAAAAAUAAGGCGAAUGCUCGAGUUGCCACUGUUGCGGGUAUAACUCCACUACAUUUUGCAGUGCAGGGUAACCAUUUGAAAAUUGUUGCUACUUUACUCGAACAUGGGGCUAACAUUCAUGCAAGAGAUAUAAAUCAUGCUACACCAUUACUUCAUGCGGUUGAGAGCGGUCACAAAGCAGUUGCCGAACUUUUAAUAAAAUAUGGAGCAGAAAUUAAUGACAAAAAUAUUUUGAAUAACACUCCGUUGCAUGUAGCUGCUUCAUGGGGUCACAAAGAUGUUAUUGAACUUUUAAUACAACAUAAUGCUAAUGUUAAAGCUGAAGACAUUAAAGGUUAUACACCAUUGCAUGCAGCGGCAAGGAAAGGAAAUAAAGAUAUUAUCGACCUUCUAAUACAAAAUAAAGCAGAUGUUAAUGCGAGAACUACACUUGGUAUAACUCCAUUAGUUCUUGCUGCUGGAAAUGGAUGUAAAGACGCUGUGGCUAUUCUACUUAAAAGUAAAGCCGAAAUCAAUGGUGGAGUUAGUUAUGGUUUUACCACUUUAGAAGCUGCUAUUUUAGGUGGUAAUAAAGAUAUCGUAGCCUUUUUAAUACAAAAUAACGCUGAUAUUAAUGAAGAAAAUAUUGUAACUAAAAGUACCCCAUUACAUCUAGCUGUGGAAACAGGUAAUAAGGAAAUUGUUGAGAUCUUAGUACAAAAUGGAGCGGAUGUUAAUAGUAAGGCUAAAAAUCCAACACCAUUGCUUUCUGCUAUCAAGCAAAAUAAUAAAGAAAUCGUACAAAUUCUAAUAGAAAAUGGGGCAGACGUUAGUGCGGGAGAUAUUUUUGAACCCUUAUCAUUAGCGAUUUUUGCUGGCUGUAGAGAUAUUGUAAACGUUCUCCUAAAACAAAAUGUCGAUAUAAACAUGAAAGGCUUGCAAAAUACUACACCACUACAUUGGGCUGCUAAGGAAGGCUACAAGAAUAUAGUAAUUGAUUUGAUAUCGAGAGGAGCCAUUAUUGAUGCUGUGGCCCUUGAUAAUAUAACACCUUUGUAUCUUGCAGCUAGCGAAGGUCAUGAAGAAGUCGCUAAAAUUUUGAUAGCAAACAAGGCCGACGUUAACUUUGGUAAUCCAUUACAUAUUGCUGCAGGGCAAGGGCACGUUAAUGUUGUUGAAGUUUUAUUAAUCAACGGAGCAGACAUUAAUUCUAAAGAUAUUAAAAACAGAAGAUCGAUAGAAUUAGCAGUUGCACAUGGUCAUUUGCCGGUUGUGGAACUGCUAAUGCAAUAUGGAAAAAUAGAUAUUAAUGCUAAAAGUAAUGAUGAUUCGACCAUGCUGCACAUUGCAUCUCAGAAUAAUGACCUAAGGAUGGUAAAAUAUCUAGUAGAUCAAGGAUCAGAUAUUAAUGCUAAGAAUGCUUUUGGCUCAAAGCCAAUUCAUAUUGCCGCAAGAGAUGGUUUUAAAGCAACUGUUAAGUUUUUCCUAAGUAGGGGAUUAAGUAUUAAUGAGCUUGGUGCAGCAAAACAGACCUUAUUGCACUAUGCUACGAUAAACGGUCAUUUAAAAGUUGUGAAAUAUUUAGUUGCACAAGGUGCUGACGUUAAUGCGAAAGAUAUUAAGGGAUUAACUCCUAUCCAUGUCGCUGCUAACUUUGGUCAUAAAAAUAUUAUUGAAAUUUUGUUAAAGAGUGGCGGAAUCUAUAAUAGCGUCGAUAAACUUUACAGAAGAGCUUUAGAUAUGACUAACAAUAAAGACGUCAUUAGUUUAUUAGCAUCAACUGAGAAAUUAUUUAAUUUUGUCAAACACAAUAGUCCUUUAGAAGUUGAAAAUAUAAUUAAGGCAGGAGCAUUCAUUAAUGCAAAAAAUUCCGAUAAUGUAACACCUCUACAUUAUGCUGCAUGGAAAGGCUAUGACAAAAUCGCCGAAGUAUUAUUAAAAUAUAAUGCAAAUCCUAAUGCGAUCGGUAGCAAGGGUUCUACUCCUGUGCAUUAUGCUGCUAAGUUCUCACAUUUAGUCAUUGUGAAAGCUUUACUGGGCCAUGGUGCAAUAUAUGAUGCGGUUUCUGACAGCGGUAAUACACCAUUAGGUUUCUCUACGGAUAGAGACAUAAUUAGUUUAUUGAAAUUGGUUGACGCGUCCUUUAAAAAAGUUAAAGAAGGUAAUGGACAAGUUAUUAAUGACCUAAAUAAGAUAAAGAAUAUUGAUACAGUAAAAGCAGUAAUGAAAGCUCGUAAUAAGGAUAACGAAACGUUAGUAGUUGUUGCAAUACAAAAUAACUUUUCAAAAGUGAAACAAUUAAAAGAGAUUUGGCAAAGUGGCAUAGCCGCUCAAAUUUUUACAGCCUUAGAGCUUCUAAAUCAAGGCAAUUACGCCAAAGCUUUAAGUAUUUUGGAAUUAGCAUUUGAGAGGAGAAAAGAAAUACUGGGACCCGAUAAUCCUGGAACUUUAGAUAUCCAAACAAAUAUAGCCAAAGUCCUAUACAAGCAAGGAAAUUAUCAAGAAGCUCUGAAUAUUCUUGAACAGAUUCUUCAAAAGCAAAAAGAAAUAUUAGGCUUAAAUAAUAAGGAUGCUUUGUAUACUAGAAGUAUGAUUGCUUUAGUGCUGCAUAGACAGGGAAAAAAUAAAGAAGCGUUUGAGAAUUAUCAAAAGAUAUUUGAGAAACAAAGGGAAAUAUUGGGGCCAGAUCACUCAGAUACCUUAGUCACGCAAUUUCACAUGGCAUUAGUAUUAGACGCUCUAGAAAAUUAUGAAGAGGCGUUAAAGAUAAAUCAAACAGUUUUUGAAAAGAGAAAAGAGUCAUUAGGCAUAUAUAAUCCAACUACUUUAUCCGCCCAAAAUAAUAUAGCAAUGGUACUUGCUAAUCAAAAAAAAUAUCAAGAGUCUUUAAAAAUGUAUAAGGAGGUCUACGAAAAAAAGAAAAUUAUUUUAGGAGCUGGUCAUGCUGAUACCUUGAGAACAUUACAUAAUAUGGCUGGGAUACUCCUAAAACAAAAAAAAUAUAGUGAAGCCUUCACAGCUUUCCAAGAAGUUUUAAGUUUUCAGAAAGAAGCUUUGCAACCAUAUCACCCAGACACUUUAAAUACCCAAUAUAAUAUAGGAAACUUACUUUUUGCUCAGGGCAAAUAUAUUAAGGCUCUUAAAUUCUACAAAGAAUGUUUAGAACUAAGAAAAGUUGUUUUUGGACCAAAUCAUCCGAGUGUUUUAGAUAUUUUAAUAAAGGUAAAUGCCAUUAGCCUUAAAGUAAAGCAUGAGGGUAGCAAUAUAUCAGAGAUUCUUCAGCAUCUACAAACAGAUAUUAACACAGCUGCUAGUGAGGGUGAUAUAAAAACUAUUCAACAUCUAUUAAAAGAUGAUGGACUUAAUGUUAAUGAUACUGAUAUUGAUGGAAGAACCACAUUACAUUUCGCUGUUAGCAAUGGACACAUAAAUAUUGUAAAAAUAUUAUUAAAUCAUGGCGCAAAUGUUUGUCAAGCCACCAAUAAAGGUAAUACAGCAUUACAUAUUGCUACUUCCAAACAUUAUAAAGAAAUUGUAGAAGUUUUGCUACAACAUAUGAGCCGUGAUAAACUGCAUGACUUUGUUAAUGCUAAAACUACAUCUAGUGGCGUUACAUCGCUUCAUGUAGCAGCUAAAAGUGGCUUUUUAGAUUUUGUAGAAUUGUUAUUAAGACAUGGUGCAAUUUAUAACAUUAAAAACAAAGAGGGUAAAAUGCCUAUUGAUUUGUGUACAGACCAAAGGGUUAUUAAGUUACUGAAAUUAAUAGAGGAAAUGUUUGAAGGUGUAAAAACCGGUAAUGCUGAAGUUAUCAACAAACUAGGAUCAGUAAAUUCUAAGAAGUUUUUAGCUCUAACAAAUGCUCGUAAUAAUCAAGGAAAUACAUUAUUGCAGGUUGCUAUAGCUAAAAAACAUAAACAUAUUUCUGGUAAUUUAAUUAAAAUGCUGAAGGUAAAUGAUUAAUAGAUAGAUAAAGAUAUUUUUCAUAUAUCAUAUUUAUUAUACAUGCUUUUCUUUAACUCUGCAUCUGUCGCUAACUCACACCUUAUUGACAGUUAUGACUAUUAUUGAUAGAUUUCUAACAGCAAUGUUUUAUUUCUGAGUGUAAGAUUAAACAUAUAUGUCAAAGGCUUUGCUAUAUAUUCUGCUAGUCCUUGGAUGUAUAUGGAUAUACAUACACAAGAAUUAUCAGGCCUGGUUGAUCUUAUUUUUUUUUAAAUUCCGUUACUUCUCAAAAAUUAAACUCUCUUCUAAAAGAAUGUUUUACUUGUAAACAAUUUUACUUGUAUGUUUUAGUUGUUUUUCAUAAAUAUUCUGAUGACUAAAAGCAUUGGCAAUAAAUUUUGCAUUUGAGUAUACUACUUAUGCUCCCAUAGUAAUAUAAGUCCCAAUUAGAAAAUCAUUUGCCUUCAAAUAGUUAGUAUUUUUAUUGUUCUAUUGUCACUCAAGUUUUAUGCAAUACUACUAAGACCCGGUCACUAUUGCAUAAAAAAAUCAUGAUUUAUAUAAAAAAAGUAAAAAAUUUCAAAUAAUAAUGUAAUGGCCAAAAUCCCAAUCUUCUUUCUUCUUCUUUCAACAGCCUUUUUCAGUCCACUCCUGAACACAGGCCUCACUUGCUAGUUCCCAUGCUUCUUUGUCUUGUGAUGAUGCCAACUCUCUCUUUGUCAUCAUUUAACCAACGUUUUUGUGGUCUACCAACACUUCUCUUAUGCAGUCGUGGUCUCGAUAUGGUCCCUAAAACUUAGUCCUAACGUCAUUCGUUCGAUGGCCCUCUGCGUUUUUUUAAUAAUAUUUCCCAGGUUGACGUAAUAAUUGACUUUUUCUAUGACGUGAUGGCCGAGGCGCAUAACAAUAUUAGGUUCUCACUGCAAAUUUCCGACAAGUUUGAAACAGUUUCCAAACCAUUCUUGAUGCGCAUGCGUAAAAUACUUCUGAUCGAUUUGAAACCGUCUGUGCAAACAUCAAACAUGCGUUGAGUGAAGUCUUGUUCUUGUUCUUAUUGAUGGCUUUGCUGCAAGGCAAUUGCCAGCUCGAUUUGUGUGGGGUCCUUUGUCGUCUGGCUCGGAACCAUUAAGAGAUCUCCCGACUUAUUCUCAGACUAUAAGCCUUGUUCUUUGUAUCUUAUAUAGAAAACAAGAAGAAAAAUAUAUUGAUAUUCUAUGAUCAAUAAACGUUUUAAAUAAAACCUAAAAUGGAGGGCAUUAGUAGAACAACAAAGGCAAGAGAGGAAACAUAAAUAUCACUAAUACAACUAAGGAUUCAGGAAUAUGCGGGAAAUAAGCAGGUUGAGCUUUAAAGUUUGAUUUUAUUUUUAUUUAGGAAAUGCAUGAUUGUUUCUAUAGUUUCGCUACUUGACACAUUAAGUAUAUCAUGGAUGAAUAAUGGUGAUAAUUUCAUUCUUUGAACAAAAAUUUUAUACAUGUCCAUAUUGUCUAUAGAAUUUAAUGGACAUUCAAAUAAGAUGUGAUUUAAGUCAUCAUACCUUCCACAGUCACAUAAAGGAUCAUCUUUGAUAUUUAUUUUAAAUAGAUGUGAGUUAGUGAGACAAUGACCAGUUCGCAUUCUGAUAAUGGUGGUGAUGUGUCUUCUAUCUACAUAUUUAAUAUUGGCAAACCAUCUUUUGUAGGGGAAGUCAAAUUGAAUUUUACUAUAAUUAUAAUGUUUAGUCUCAACUAAAUAUUUCCAUUUGUUUGAAAAGUUAUUUUUUAUUUUAUUUUUGAGUACCUUAAGAAUAUCAUUUAUGUCAAUGAGCAUUUUUCUGGGGACAUUUAGGUUGGAUCCAAUCUUCGCCAAAGUAUCCGCUUCUGAAUUUCCCAGUAUAUUUUCAUGACCCGGUAUCCAGGCAAGCUGGAUGUCAAAGCCCUUUUCAUUGGUUGUACUAAUUAGUUGCUUUGUUAUGAUAAUCCAGCGAUCUAUCCUUGCAGAUAAAAGAUUACUUCUAAGUUUUGUAACUGCGCUCAAUGAAUCCGAAAAGAUGAUAGCUUUCUUUAUUUGUUUUUCUAUUGCAGUUUUUACCGCAUCAUAAAUUGCAAUAAUUUCCGCUUUAUAGAUGUUGAGACAGUCUGGUAACCUUGAUGAGAAUUUAUAAUUUGAACUGGGAAUGAAUAUUCCGAACCCUACUCUAUUACCCUGUUUAGAGGCGUCGGAAAAAAUAAAAGUAUAUCCUUUCUCUUUAAACUUGUUUGAUCUUUCAAUGAAUUUUUGGCUUGUUGAAAUGUCGCCUUUUCUUAUGUUAAGGUUAAUUAAUUUUAGGGGUGUAGUCAAUAUUUUAAAGUUGCAUUCGUAACAUGGAAAGGUUGCUCCUCUACUGAUUAAUUUAAUAUAUGGUCGAAACUUCUGAAGUGCCAGAAUUAAAUAGGGAGUUUUAUCCCGUUGCCAGAAUUCCGGUCUAUGUAUUAGCUUCAUUCUGGUAUAAUUUAAAAGCUGUGUGAUGGGGUGAUUUGUAAUAGUUACGAACUUCGAUAUCAGUUUCAUAGCUAAAAGUUUUCUUCUGUGUUCCAAGUCUAUCAUGGAUGCUUCUGCUAAUAGUGCUGCUCUGGGGGUGGAUUUCAUGCAUCCCAAACAUAUUCGCAAACCCUCAAAGAAUACAACAUCUAACAUGUUAAGUACCGUCCCGUUACAGGGUUUAAUAAAUGUGGAUCCAAAAUCUAGGUGAGAUCUAACUAAUGCAAAAAAGAUUACUAAAAGAGUGGUUGGAUCUGCACCCCGCCAUACUCUACAUAAUGCCCUUAAAACACUGAGUGAUUUUUUGGCUUUGUUGACUAUGUUUUCUAUAUGCAUCUUCCAUUUCAGGUUGUUCUGUAUCCACAUGCCCAAAUAUUUUACUCGGUGUUUAAAGGGGAUAACAACAUUGUUGAUAACAAUUGGUGGAGGGUUAAUAUUGUUCUUUCCCCUAGUAAACCACAUUGCUUCGCAUUUAUUAAUUGAAAGCACUAAGCUAUUUUCGUUUAAAAAUGUAUUUAUCUUUUUAAUAGCAUGAGUAAUUUUAAUAACCAUAAUGGACACAUUUUUUCCUUUUACCAUAAUGACCAAAUCGUCAGCAUAUCCUGUCAACUCAACAUCUUCCAGAUCCAAAAAAAACACUUCUCUAAUAUAGAUGUUGAACAAGAUCGUACUUAAAGGGGAUCCUUGUGGUAAUCCUGUUGUAGUUAAUAUUGGUCCCAAAAAUGACCGACCCGUCAUUGCCCCUACAAUAUAGAAGUCUAUUUUUGAGUAGAUUAAAAAUGGUAUAUGCCAGAUAAUUGGGAGUAUUUAACAUUCGCAGUUUAUUAUAUAGUUUAUAGAUGUUAACAUUAUCAUAGGCUGCUUUAAUAUCCAAGAAAACUGCUAAGGCCGAUUCUGAAGAUUGAAAGGCAUUAAAAACAUAAGAAAUCCCUCUCGAAAUCCUGUCUGUUUAUUUCUAAAUUCUCCUUUCGAAAUCCAGUCUGUUUAUUAGUAAAUUCUACUCUAUGUUCUAACAUCCAAUCUAGGCAAGUCUUGAUCAUGAUUUCCAUGAUUUUAGACCCACAUGAUGCUAGAGUAAUUGGCCUAUAAUUUUCGGGUCGUUUAGGGUCUUUAUUAGGUUUAAGGAAGAAAAUGAUGUGAAAUUGUUUCCAUGAAUCUGGUAAAGGUUCUCCCUGUAAAAUUUUAUUGUAUAUGUUAAGGAGGAUUUGUUUAGCUUUAAAAGAUAACUUAGAAAACAUUUCAUAUGAAAGGUUAUCCAUGCCUGGUGCAGACGAUUUUUUAUUUUUCAAUGCAUAAUGUAAUUCGGUUAGGGUAAAGAAGGAAAUGGUUUCCUUUUGAUUUGGGGGCAUUAAUUGAAAAUUGGGGUCAAUAUUUAUAACCGACAUAUUUCUGAGAAUAGAUCUUUUUAAAUUUAUCUGGAAUAUUCAUUUUGAAUUUAUUUGUUUUAUAGUUAUUAUUAAAAUUUCUUAUUUUAUUCCAGACAUAUUUAAUUUUCGAGGUUCUAUUUAGGGUUCCACAGAAUGUUUUAAAUUUUUCUCUUUUUUUAAUUUUUAGUUUUUUCUUAGUUAGAGCGAUGAUUUUUUUUGCCUUAAUAUAGUUUUCAAUUGUUGGAAGUUGGUUAAAUGUCAAAAUUGCGUUUUUCCUUUCUUCAACCCAGCAUGAACAUUCCCUAUCCCACCAGGGGUUCCCUCUCCUAAUGAUUGAGCCAAUUUGCUUCACUGGAAUGACCUGGUCUGCUACUACAUUGAUGAUGUCAAUUAAUUCAUCAUAUUUUAGAUUAUAGCUUGAAUUACUUAUAGAUAACACAAUCUUGUCAUGGUAUGCAUCCCAGUCGGCUUUAUGAAAAUUCCUAGCAUUAAAUGAAUUUACAAUAUAAUUGUGAGUAAAAUUGUUAUUGUCAUUAUUGACUAUAAGGCAGGUAGGGAAAUGAUCACUAUUACCACAAUCCAUGGUGGUAUACCAAUUGGCCUAUAACGCUAAAUUUGCACUGAUCAUUGUUAAAUCAACAGCACUUGAUAAAUCUUCUGCUAAUUGAAAACGAGUCCUAGAACCAUCAUUCAUGAUCACUAGUUCAUUCUCGAAUACAAAAUCAUUUAUUAUGUUUCCACCUUUAUUGGGAGUACAGUUAUCCCAUAAGGGGUGAUGAGAAUUUAAAUCUCCCAUGAUGAUGGUAUUUUUUGGAUUAUUAUUUAUGAGUUUUUUCAAAAUGUCUUUAAAUUCAGACAGUUGAUAUGUGAGUUACAAUAUAUAUUAGUCUUAUAUUAUAGUUUUUAUUAUUUUUAUAUUAUUAUAGUUCUUAUUUAUAUAGUUUUAUUUGAUUUUAAUGUGAGGUUUUUUUCAGUAUUAUAAUUAUUAAAUAUAUAAUGUUUUACUUAUUAACCGAUGAUGAAAUGUUGAAUAAACAUAUUAGUAUUAUAGGUA